AUGGGCGGUUUCGGUGGGGGACGCGCCGGGAGUGAAGAUGACGAGGAUGAGGACGAACGUCAAGGUGAAGAGGGAGAGAGCUGGUUUGCUGGAGGAGAGAGGAGUGGUAUAUCCGUACAAAACCCGGGCCGACCUGGAGGUGACGUCCCUGGCGGGAACCUUGUGCGAGACUUACUCCGUAGGGCGGCCGAAGCGGGCCCUCCUCCUGGUCCUCCCACCACCGCUGCUCAUAGCUCGACCUUUACUGGCGGCGGGCACACAUUGGGUAGCGAUGAAGUGGAAAGCCAGUAUAUUCCCGAUCCUAAUGCUCCUGCGGAACCAGAAGAGGAGACCGCAAUCCGUCACCUGACCUUCUGGCGGGAUGGGUUCAGUGUUGAAGAUGGAGAGUUGAUGCGCUACGACACACCUGGGAACUCCCAGAUACUGGCUGAAAUCAACUCAGGCCGCGCCCCGCCUCAUAUUCUCAACGUGUCCCCAGGACAGCCGGUCGAGCUGCGGGUAGUAAAGCGCCUGCAGGACGACUAUGUGCCCACGACAAAGGCGAGCAGCGCGAGCACGUUCACGGGCAGCGGCCAUCGCCUUGGCUCGCCGGUGCCGCCGUUGGCUACGAGCAGCUCUGGCGUGGCGAGCACCGCUGACAUGCCGGGUUCGUUCCCCGCGCCCAGCACAGCGCCUUCUACCAGCGCUCGGGAGAGCACUCCAGAGAGCAUUAGUGCAAGGUUUGAAGUCGACCGGACGCGCCCGACGACGAGUGUGCAGAUCAGGCUGGCCGAUGGUACUCGCAUGGUCUGCCGGAUGAACCUAACGCAUACGGUUCGGGACAUACGCAACUUCAUCAACGCAUCCCGCCCGGAGAAUCUCACGCGUCCGUAUACGAUCGGAACUACGUUCCCCAACCGUAUCCUGGACGAUGACAGCCAGACGGUUGAGGCUGCGCGCCUUGCGAACAGCGUCGUAGUGCAGAGGUGGGUUUGA